AUGGCGCCCUUCUUGCCAGGCGACUAUCUGACAUACUCUGGCAUCCGUGUUGGAGCCGAGGUGAUCUGCUACGAGAUCGUGGCAGAGAACGUGCAGAUCUUGACGCCAUCUGGACCCACCUACAUCCGUAUUGAGGAUGCAUUGAUUGGAGUCUUCGAUUCACAAUCACAGAACAUCGUCGAGCACGCCGAUAAUAGAUUCAUUGGCUGCGUCUCUAACCCGUCCGCUCAAGUCACCAUCGCGCGGAUUGAGGUUGACCCAUGUACUGGUGAGACCAAGGACGUCAACGUCGGAUCAGCGACUCUGAAGACUGGUGACAUCCGCAACAAGUGGGAGUGGCGAGCUGAGUCGACAGCUCUCCAAAGAUACACUAGAGAAUACAGAAUCACAGCCUCGACAGGAACUGGAUCCACCAACGGCGGCCAAAUCUUGGCCGGUCAGUACGUCCAGCCAGUGACCGAGGGGAUCUUCCCAGAAGCGGUGACCCCUGGUCGACUGUCGGCCAAGAACGACUUUUCGCAGUUCACUCACUUGCGCGAUGGCCUUGGUCCCGACGAGGACGGGAAUCUGUGA